AUAAAAGUUUGGGUGGAUUUAUAAGGUUUAAAAUAAUAAUAAUCAAAAUUAUUUUAUGAUUUACAUGAAAUAAUAAAUAAAUUUUUUUGUGAUUUAUAAGUUGAACAUUUAAUUCUAACACAUAAAUAUACCUUAGAAUAAAAUCAGUAUUAAAUUCCAUAAAUAUUUUAAAAAAAUGUUCAAGAUUUCGAAAUCAUUAGCCAAGUGUCGUUUUAAUGCUCGUGGCCUAAGUAUUUUAAAAUCUAAUACAUCUUCUUUAACAAAUUUAGAAGAAGGACAAGAUAUAGAAGGCUUUGAAAUUAAAGAAAUCAAAUCAAUUAAUGACUUACAAUUAACGGCCUUACGUUUAGAACACAAACAAACAAAAGCUGAUUAUUUGCAUAUUGAUCGUAAGGAUACAAAUAAUGUUUUUAGUGUAGCAUUCCGAACUACCCCAACACAUUCAAAUGGUUUACCACAUAUACUUGAACAUACUACUCUAUGUGGAAGCAAAAAUUUUCCAUGUCGUGAUCCAUUUUUCAAAAUGCUUAACAGGUCUAUGGCUAAUUUUAUGAAUGCAAUGACAGCUCCUGAUUACACAUUUUAUCCAUUUUGCACUGAAAAUCAUUCUGACUAUUACAAUCUUAUGGCUGUAUAUUUAGAUGCUGUGUUUAAUCCUAUGUUAAGGGAUUCCGACUUUCGUCAAGAAGGAUGGCGUCUAGAACAUACACUAGUAGAAGACAAAAAUUCACCUAUUGAAAUUAAAGGUGUUGUUUAUAAUGAAAUGAAAGGUGUUUAUUCAGAUAAUCAACAAAUAUAUAAUGAGAACUUUCUAAACCAAAUUCUACCUAGUAAUACUUAUGGAGUUAAUUCUGGUGGUGAUCCAAAUGUUAUACCAUCUCUAACACAUAGUGAUCUUGUUAAUUUUCAUAAUAGAUAUUAUCAUCCUAGUAAUGCACGUUUUUAUUCCUAUGGUAGUUUUAAUCUAUCAAAUCACUUACAAUUUUUGAAUGAAAAAUUUUUGCAUAAUUAUUCUGCUGAUAAUAUUAUUAAGGAUGAAACUAAAGUACCAAACGAAAAACGGUGGACUAGUUAUAAACGUUCUCAUGUUUUUUGUAGGGAAGACCCUAUGAUACCUAAAGACAAACAGUCAUCUUUAAGUAUAGGAACACUUUGGAGUGAUAUUACUAAUACUCAAGAAACUUUCGAAUUGGCUAUACUUUCUAGAUUACUCUUAAGUGGACCCAAUGCAAAAUUUUAUAAAUCUUUAAUUGAACCAAAUAUUGGUACAGAUUUUAGUUCACCUACAGGAUAUACUGAUCAGACAAAAGAUACUUUUUUUGCUGUGGGUCUCCAAGGAAUAAAUGAGUCUGACUUUGAUAAAGUUGAAUCAAUAUAUGAUGAAACAAUAAAAUCAGUAAUAAAAAAUGGGUUUGAUCAACGUGAUAUUGAAAAUAUUUUACAUUCAGUGGAACUAUCAAUGAGACAUCAAAGUUCUAAUUUUGGUUUAAAUCUUCUUUAUGGACUUUUACCUGUUUGGAAUCACGAAGGAAAUGUUGUAGACGUCUUGAAUGUUGGUAAAAAAAUAAAUAUUUUUAAACAAAAUAUGACUAACGAUUCUAAUUAUCUACAAUCAUUGAUGAACAAAUAUUUAUUGAACAAUAAACACAAACUAAUUAUGACUAUGUCACCUAAUCAAAAUUAUGAAGUCUUACGAAAAGAAGCGGAAAAUAAUUUGUUGAAAGAAAAACUGCUUUCAUUAUCAGCUGAAGAUAAGGAAAAUAUUUAUUACCAAGGACUAGAAUUACGUAAAGAACAGGAUGCUGUACAAGAUGCUUCAUGUUUACCUUCACUGACAAUUAAUGAUUUAAAAAAGACUACUGAUUCAGUGCCUUUGAAAAAAGAAAAUUUUAGCAAUACACCUAUAUUUAUAUUUCCACAAUCAACUAAUCAAGUAACUUAUUUUAAAAGUAUAAUUAAUACAUCAAUGUUACCCGAAAACUUAAAAAGUCUAAUUCCUUUGUUUUGCAAUGUUGUAACAAGAAUGGGAACAAUAUCUAAAAACUACAAACAGUUUGAUCAGUUAAUAAGAAAAUCUACUGGAGGUUUAGGAGUAUCUCAAGCUAUAAUAGAUUCCCCAAGUGAAAUUUUAACUAUGAAGGAAAUUAUACUUUUAAAUUCUCAUUGCUUGGACAAAAAUGUAGAUGAUAUGUUUGAUCUUUGGACACAAAUUUUUACUGAAGUAGCAUUUAAAGAUGAAAACAGAUUCAAAACUCUUAUUCAAGAAGAGGCGAGUAGUCUAGCUAAUAGUAUUUCUGGUAGUGGACAUGUAUAUGCUAUGUUAUGUGCGACUUCAGCAAUAAAUCCUAUUGAUGCUCAUCGAGAAUCAUAUGGAGGACUAAAAUAUAUAAGUAAAAUGAAAGAAAUAGCACAUUUGAAUGAUUUAUUACCAGUGUUAAAAAAUCUCAAAGAUAUUGGCUUACAACUUUUAAAUAAAAAUUUUAUGAAAUGCUCAAUAACUAUAGUAGAUAAUAAUAUUAUGGCAGUUAAAAGUUUAGAAAAUUUUAUAAAUAAUACUCAUGGCAAUUGGGACUUGAAAAAUGAAUACACUAAAGUUUUACAAAAUGAUUUAAAAAAAAAUUGCUUCCAUCAUGUAUUACCAUUUUCAGUAAAUUAUUGUGCCAAAGCUCUUCCUGGUGUUCCUUAUACACAUAAACACUUCGCUGCUCUUAAAGUUCUUUGUAAAUAUUUGAGUUCAAAAUACUUGUUACCAACAGUAAGAGAGAAAAAUGGAGCUUAUGGUGCUGGUGUUUCUGUAUCAUCAUCAGGUAGUAUUCAAAUGUAUUCUUAUAGAGAUCCAAAACCAGUUAAUACCUUUGAAGCCUUUGAUAAUAUAUCUCAAUGGAUUAAUAAGAGAAAUAUUUCAUCAGAAGAAUUAAAUGAAGCAAAAUUAGCUGUUUUUCAAGGAAUAGAUCAUCCUAUUGCACCAAUGGCAAAAGGUAAUGCAUUAUUUUUAUAUGAUAUGACAGAAGAAAUUCGUCAAAAUCAUCGAAUGCAAGUUCUGAAUGUUAAAUUAGAUGAUUUGGUUAACUUAACUAAUUUGUAUUUUUCUAAUAAAAUCUUUGCUAAAGCUCUAAUUGGACCAAAAUGUAAAGAAAUUAAUACAGAAAAUGAUCCCCAAUGGGUUAUCACUAAUCAUGAAUAGUUGUUAAUUUUUUUUUUUAAUACAUAAGUUAUUUAAUUUUUUAUUUACUAAAAUAGUUAUGAAUAAAUUAAUAUGUAUAUACUUGUAGAUA